AUGGGUAAUGAUAUUGAUAUGAAUGAAUUUCUGAAGAAUAGAUAUGUUGAUAUCUUCCUAAGUCAUACAGUUUUAAUAAUUGUUGGAACAGUCAUAGGGAUGCUAGGAAACUGUGCCACAAUUUUUAUGUACUCCUGUCGGAUAAAGGAAAGAGGAGAACGUUAUUUUAUUCCUUUAUUAGCAAUUGUGGAUCUUACUGCUUGUUUAACUAUAUUCACAAAUUAUGCUAUAAAUAGUUAUUCAUAUUUUUAUGCUUAUUCCAGUAAAACCGUGUGUUGUGUCACUACAUUCUUGCAGGUGUUUGCAUCUGGACUGUCGGCUCAUAUCCUCCUUAUCAUAAGUAUUCAAAGGUACUUUUUAGUAUGUAAACCGUUCAGUCCAAAGAUGACCCUGUUCCAGAAAAGAGUUUCGCUUGCUGUUGCCAGUUUAUUUACAUUGGUGUAUUCUUGUCCCCUAUUAGGAUUAUCAGGAACAGUUACAUCCGAAAACGUGUUUCUGAAUUACACAAUUAAUACAACGACAUGUCGAUUGUCCACAGUAGACUCAAAACCAAUUACUAUCUACUUUGGAAUAUUUGCUCUGAUAGUAUUGUGUAAUCUUGUGUUCACCAUUGUCCUUUGCAUACCAGUCUUUAUAAAGAUUAAAGAUGUCUUUCUAGAUAAAUCGACAAACAAAAGCUUAGCUACAAAAAAGAAGCAAAACAUGUUAGGUAAUGGGGUUUUGGAUACAAGUUUGAAGAAUAUAUAUGCUGUUGUGUUAAAAGCAAAUAUUAAACCCGCAGCUAAAAGUAAAACAUCAAAAAAGAAUGAAACCCAGAAAAUUCACUUGGAUCAAGAAUUAGCACAUGAUUCUCCAACAACAUUUGCUCUUCAAUCUUCUAAGAACAACAAUUCAGGUAAUGAAAUAGAAGAAAACGAAGUAAGCUUUAAAGACUCUUUCAAAUCAGGGAGCAGUUCAGUAAAAGGAAGAAUCAGAACUAUGUUUUUCGUAUUAAUACUUGCCUACGUCAUUUCUUAUAUACCUACGGUUAUUUGUUUGAUACUUAGAUACACAAUUGAGAAUAUAAAUGAAAUAGCUUUUUCGAAAGAAGAAACAUUUGCUUGGUUUUAUAUAGGACGGUUAUUCAUUGUUAAUCACAUUGUAAAUCCUUUUAUAUAUUGUUAUUUUGAUGUGAAAUUGAAAAGGGAAUUAAGAAAGUGCUUUGUAUACGAGCCAAAAGUAUAUAAUUAA